CAUCCAGAGUACUUUCGGUAUAAGGUGGGCAAAAUCUAUGUGCCCAACGACAUCGCUGUCCUAACCCUGGAAAAGUGCGCGACGAUCACGAAGACCGUUCAAAUCAUUCCCCUGGCUGUCCGGGGGAGCUUUGUGAACCAGCGGUGCAGCCUUACCGGAUGGGGCGUCAACAGACGAGACAUCGAUAAUAGGUUCAUCUUGCAAAGAACAGAGACGACCAUCAUCUCCAAUAAGCUGUGCCGGGACUUCUGGAGACUGGCCCGGAGCUCCAUCUCUAAGAAACAGCUGUGCACGCUCGACUGGCCCUACAAGCUGAGCACCGCUUGCAGCGGUGACAGCGGCAGUCCCCUGGUAUGUGACGGGAAGUUUGUGGGCAUCGUGUCUUGGGGCCUGACCUACUGUAACGGCUGUUUCCCGGACGUCUUCACGCGGGUCAGCUCCUUCACUGACUGGAUCCAUAAGAUUGAGCUGAAGCACUAGACUUUCGCUCCAGCUGCGCACCAUGAAUGCUGUGCCCGACUUUCACCCCCCCCUCGUCCCAAAUUUGCCGUACGCUGACAAAACGUCUUUCGAACAAAAAAAUUCACUGCAGUUUCGAGAUAACGAGGCUUUUUUUCAGCGAAACCAUUUUUAAAAAUGCUUUCUUCCGAAGUUUGAAUUCUAAUACAUGUAUUAUAAAAAAGAGUAUCUGUGUCACUUUUUUUGAUUUUUUUCGCACAAGUAAGAUAACGCAUCAGGCUUUUGAUUUCGCAACAAACAAAAAAAAAGAAUAUGGUGCCAAACUUUUUAAAAACCCAUUUUGUCAGCUUACGACAGUGCGGAACUCAGUAAUAAAACAUACAGUUUAAGAACGGCUGCCAACUCUUUAAAGAUUAUAUCUGACACACAAUGAUAAUAUUAUUAUGUCCGGCUAGAAGCUGGUUUAAAGCGGAACAUCCAACCCUCAUACACAAAUUAGAAAGAAGAAUUUUCAAAUUUUAUAGUAUCCAUGUUGCUGUCUGUCUUUUUACGUGUCAGAUAAAGAAAUCAUGAAUUGAGACAUCUGCAUGAAUAAGGUUUCUUUUUUCAGUGUCGCAAAGCAGGGCGUUUUCUAGCGUUGUAGAAUGACCAAAAUGCACGUCUUCAAUGAAUUAAAAAAGCAAAUAAAACAAACAAAAAAACGUGAGACACUAAAAGGCUGCAAGAAGAGUAGAUUGCAAUGUCCAAUAAACGAGGACCAUACAGAAAACAAUAAACUGAAAUGAAAAUAUG